AUGGCAGAAAAAGAGAAGAGAAGAAGCGUCAAGCAGGGGAUGAUGACGUGGAGGUUGUUACAGAUUGAAGGAGGGAAAAGCCGUUCACUGGAUUGUAUAAAUAGGAACGGACUUACGGGACAGGUGGCGAAGGAUACGGGACAGGAACUGGAGCCUUGGGAGCAGGCGCAGGUGGAAGGCACCACGGCCAACAGCAACUCCAUGAGGAAAGUGGUGGUGGGAGGGGCUUGGGAGGAAUGCUUCCACCGCUCUGGAUCCGGAUCUAGCUCUAGCUCGGAGGAUGAUGGGCAGGUGGGAGGAGGAAGAAGAAGGGAAAUAACUGAUAAGAUUAAGGAAAAGUUGCCAGGCCAUCAUGAUCAGUCUUCUGGUCAAUCUCAAGGGAUGGGAAUGGAACUACCACUGGUGUUAUGA